UGCUUCAUUAACUCGAUCCCCCAGACCACGACAAGUCAAUAGUAGUGCUCCUACUAGCUACUGUGUACUUUUUGCCUUUUGGAUUAGUAAUAUUACUGCAGUUGGAUCUUCAAUCAAUCAAUUAAUGGCUGAAGUUGAAGGGUCCCCAGGAAGCUCCAUGCACGGGGUGACGGGGAGAGAGCCGGCGUUCGCCUUCGCGGUGGCCUCACCGAUGGUGCCGACCGACCCCACCGCCAAGUUCGCGUUGCCGGUGGACUCGGAGCACAAGGCCAAGGUGUUCAAGAUCUUCUCCUUGGCCAAACCCCACAUGAGGACCUUCCACCUCUCCUGGUUCUCCUUCUCCAUCUGCUUCGUCUCCACUUUCGCGGCGGCGCCCCUCGUCCCCAUCAUCCGCGACAACCUCAACCUCACCAAGGCCGACGUCGGCAACGCCGGCGUCGCUUCCGUCUCGGGAAGCAUCUUCUCGAGGCUCGUCAUGGGGGCCGUCUGCGACCUGCUGGGCCCCCGAUACGGCUGCGCGUUUCUCCUGAUGCUGUCGGCUCCAACCGUGUUUUGCAUGGCGCUGGUGUCGGACGCGGCAGGGUACAUAGCGGUGAGGUUCAUGAUCGGGUUCUGCCUGGCCACUUUCGUCUCAUGUCAGUACUGGAUGAGCACCAUGUUCAACAGCAAGAUCAUUGGGCUCGUCAAUGGAACCGCAGCCGGGUGGGGGAACAUGGGCGGAGGAGCCACUCAGCUCAUAAUGCCGCUGCUUUUCGACAUAAUCAGGCGAUGUGGGUCCACUCAAUUCACUGCCUGGAGGAUCGCCUUCUACAUUCCUGGAUGGUUACAUAUCAUCAGCGGAAUAAUGGUUUUGACUCUCGGCCAGGACUUGCCUGAUGGCAACCUCGGCGCCCUGCAGAAGAAGGGUGAUGUUGCCAAGGAUAAAUUCUCAAAGGUGUUGUGGUACGCUAUUACAAAUUACCGGACAUGGAUUUUUGUCCUCCUCUAUGGCUAUUCCAUGGGAGUGGAGCUGUCAACGGACAAUGUGAUCGCAGAGUACUUCUUUGACAGGUUCGAUCUGAAGCUUCACACAGCCGGAAUCAUCGCGGCAACCUUUGGCAUGGCUAACCUCGUGGCUCGGCCCUUUGGAGGAUUUGCGUCGGACUACGCAGCCCGGUUGUUCGGAAUGAGAGGCCGGCUAUGGGUCCUGUGGAUCCUCCAAACACUGGGAGGACUCUUCUGCAUCCUCCUCGGCCGUGCAAAUAAACUUCCCAUCGCCGUAACCAUGAUGAUCUUCUUCUCCAUCGGAGCUCAGGCGGCCUGCGGCGCGACCUUCGGCAUCAUCCCCUUCAUUUCUCGAAGAUCUCUGGGAGUGAUAUCGGGGCUUGCGGGGGCGGGAGGGAACUUCGGCUCCGGCUUGACCCAAUUGAUCUUCUUCACGAGCUCGAAGUACUCCACGGCGACGGGCCUGUCUUACAUGGGGAUCAUGAUCGUAGCCUGCACGCUGCCGGUGAUGCUGGUGCACUUCCCGCAGUGGGGAGGCAUGUUCCUUCCACCGUCCAAAGACGUGGUGAAGGGCAGCGAAGAGCACUAUUACGGGUCGGAGUGGACGGAGGAGGAGAAGCAGAAGGGCAUGCACCAGGGCAGCCUCAAGUUCGCCGAGAACAGCCGGUCGGAGCGCGGCAAGCGGGUGGGUUCGGCGCCUACGCCGCCCAACUCCACGCCCAACCAAGUUUAGUAGCUACGACACGCAAAUCCAAGAAUGAGCUGACUUUCGUUUGGUUUGUGAUUUUCAUAUAUAUACGAAGAAGAAUGUUAAGGUAUCCACCUGCUAGUGGAGUAUGGGUUCAUUCCGCACCGGAGCUAAGAGCUUAAUUAUAGAAUCCUCCACAGAAUCAAAUGAAAAUUCAAUAGGCUUCCAUCACUAGCUUACUUUUUUUUUAUUUUUGCUAAGUAUCUGCUGCUGUAGACAAGACAAGACAAGAGUACCUGUAAGUUGAUAAAUUAUUUAAAAGUUUGUUAUAAUUUGGACAA